UGAGGAAAAAGAUCCCGCGAGAAAGAAAGAGGAGCGACCAAGCUCAGCCGCUUCCCGGAUCCGAUCCAUGGACGCGGCGAUGGAGGACGCGGCGGCGCCCGGGAGCGAGUGGGACCGCGGCAGCGGCGGGGCUGAGGCGGUGCUGGGCCUCGCCGGCGCCGGCGCCUCGCUGUCGGUGUGCUACCACGAGGCCUUCGGGCCCCACGCCGACCUCAUCCUCCUCGAGGCCGGCGACGACCUCCUCCCCGACCUCCUGCAAGGCCGGGUGACAGUAAGGGGCCGCCCUGAAGAAGAAGCUGUUCUGUGCACGCCAUCGGCGACCUACGCUAUGAAGUUCGUGGGCACAUCCAACUCCAUGUUCCUGAUACCACCCGGCGAAGCAGUCGCGGCAAGCCUAAGACCCGACCAUACCAAUGAGGAUGCUACCGUCGCCAGCGCUGCGGCCGCUUCGAUCAUCAAGGUUGCACCGGGGAGCAUCGAAUUAGUCCGAACGGCUCCGCGGCUCGACAAGCUCAGGAGCCUUCUCAGGGAGAGGCCAUACGUGCUUGAUGAGGAUCUUGGAGAUGGCUCUGAAGAUAAGCAGGGGCUGUACACGUGGCAAGACCUAUGUGUGCUUGUUCAGUCCAGCGACAGCGAGCUGCUGGAGGGGCUGAAUUCCCUCUCGGCUGUCGAGAUUGAUGGGUUCUGGAGGACCGUGGAUGUCGGUUCUGUGAACACGGUUCUGGACAUGAUUCUGCACAACUCUGUGUUGCAUGAUUGGCUGCUAAAUGCUUUGCCAGAAAAUGCUGUGCUAUCUGUCAUGGAAGCUGACGGUUUUACGCAUAAGAUUGUAGCUCAUUGCCUCAGCAGAUUCGGCACGAAGGUUGAGCAGGAAGCAGGGAGUUGUUGGAAGCUUGAUGAGAGACUGGUCUGCUUGCAGUUUGCCCGAAGAGCACUCGCCGCAGGAAAGAUGAAGCUCAACAACUUUAUGGAUAAAUGGGAACGAAGCAUCCCUUCAGGAAUGCGUGCGGAUCUUCAGAUGCUUGAAGGGGAAGUGCUGUAUGAAAGGCUUGGGGCUGAGACCUGGGUGCAUGCUUUCAGUGUCGCCGAUCUGCCGUUGACGCCAGCUGAGAGGUUUGCAGCACUAUUCCGGGAGCGGCCAAGGUGGGAAUGGAAAGACCUGCAGCCCUUCAUCAGGGACUUGCGUGUACCUGGAGCGUCUUCAGAAGGGUUGCUGAUCAAAUACGCAAGAAGAACGCAACCAAGCGCUGAUUCCGAUCCUAUUUUCACCGCUAGAUGAUCAACCCACCCUGCUACAUCGAUGUUCUGGUUGUGGGCCUUGCUGCUGCUGGUAAACUACUGGUGUUGCUGCACUUGACCCGGAUGUUGUUGUCGACAACAGAAGAUUGCUGUGCUGGCAAGCAAACAAAGGCGAUGACGCGAGAGGGUUCCUGUAAUGGUGCAGACAACUAAGUUACCUGAAUUUCUUUUCAGCUUCGACAGUUGGAGACGCAAUAUCUGAACCUUGGCCCACUGCUCACUUGUCGUACGUUUAUUUAUAAUAUAUUCUGAAUUUCAACAUGUAAUGUAAGGCUUGUCCUAGCUAGUUAUGAUUUCAGAUGUUGCCUUAAAAAGAAUUUAUUAUGGACUCAGAAUGAAUAGCAGAGGAAUGCAUGGUAUGCAUUCCUAGAACUGAAA